AGCUUGGACAUUUAAAUGGGGGGUGAUCAUGUGACUGGAUGGGGUGAUAGUUAGUAGGUUAAUUGGCUAAAAAACAGUUUGUCUGAAAUGUCAGAAUUAGGUUUAAUUUGAAUUCAACCAAAUAUUUCUGCAUUUGUGCUUUUUGGGAAUGUUGCUACUUUUCUUAGUCAAUAUACUUUGAACUCGAAUGUGGUUUAUUGGGAGAUGUAAGACAUUAGACGUCGCAGAAAUCUGCCAUCUGAUUUUUCUUCAAUAAGAAGGCUAAAUUGCUCGCCCUCCAAUCGAUUUACCUCUGUACUGGUCUCCGCGCGUAUGUGAGCAAAAGCAUCAACCCGGCGAUGUCUUUCGAACGGAAGAGAAACAUAAUUGUGUUUUUCAGUUUUGUAAUUAUAACGGUUUGCAACUUUCGAAACUGUGGAGCAGCAAGUGUGGAUGUUAUUAAUGGUCUUCGUGACGUCAAAAUAAAUCCAGAAAAGGCGUCAAUUAACGACAAAGAGCCGAGAACAAAACACAGCACCAAACACAAACCUGAAGAUUUGGACGGACGUGUAAUUCUUAGUCGUAAUCUUCGGACUACCUUUGAUGAUGCCAAACACCAGACGCAGAAUGCUAUCACUACUGCAAAACUCGCCCCUAAGCCUUUGGACAUGCGUGCACCCUGGAAUGUGCGUAAUACUUUCGUUGCCCAGAAAAGCUCUCUGGAUUUAGGUGGCAGCCAUCACGCAGAUUUCAAAGGUUUUGAAGGCCAAAGCAUACAAGGAAAGGUAUAUGGUCCAUCAGCUAACCACAACCAUCACUCCAGUGAAUGGCUUUCCAUGCGACCUCUGGUGCAGUGUGAAGAUGAGCUCAUGACCCUCACUGCAUCUGGCAGGGGAUACAUACAUCUAAUGGUGGAUAGAGUGGACGCCUCUCCCAUUUCCCUGUUCCAACUGCCACCAAACUGUGGCUAUCACCUGAAGACCACCUGGAGAGACCUGGUGAUGAUGGCACCUUACGAUGGAUGCUACGUCAGGCAGGAGAAUGGUAACUACGUCCUACCCAUGCUAUGGUGGGGCAGCCCGGUCAAGAUCGCCUGCCCUAUCCCGCCACUGUUUGCCGUCUCGGUGCGGUGCUCCCACUUUGGCAUGGCCGUCCAGAUUCACCGAGCAGAGGUCGUGGGGCGGCUCCGCGUCAUGGAGGAAGGCGAGUGGGUGUCGUUUGUGUCAGAGGAGUGUGCGUACCGAGUCGCGUCCCCCCCGGACGACCUCCUCUAUUUCGCUCCCUUCACAGCAUCUUGUGUCACCGUCGAUAAUGGAGUUCAUCUGCCUCUCCAGUUGGACAGCCAGGAGGUUGUCUUCUCCUGUGCCCAGCCUCCGCCUCCCUCCAUGUCCCCAGAUAAUCCGGAACAGCAGCACAACUACAUACCGGACUCUGUGACCACACCUACCACCACCCCUUACCCUCCACCCCCAGCCAGGGAACAGAUGUCUCAACUUCCCCAUUUCCCUUACCCUACACGCCCCGGUCAUAUUCCGUACCCUGGUCCCCGUCGGCCGCUACCAGGGAGAUACCCAGGCCAGUAUCCCAUGCCCCCCACAGAGUCUGGUUAUCACCCAUACAGCCAGAGAGCCUACCCUGACCCACCAGCACAGGGGCCUACCCCAGUUCCGACUAGCCCUCCCCAGUCACCCUCUCCAGGCACUCGGCCACCCUGGGUCCAUCCACUUCCAUGGGACCAUGCGUUGUCAGCGUUCUUCCCGCCCUACGGUCAGUUUCACCCGGGCCCAGUUCCAUACCCUGGCCCCCAUCUGCCUCUACCAGAGAGACACCCAGGCUACUAUCCUUUCUACCAUACACGACCUGGGCAGCAGACCGACUAUACUGAGCCACUGACACCAGAGCCAAUCCCAGUUCAAACUAGCCCUCCUCAGACACACUCUCCGGCUAUCAGGCCAGCCAGGCUCCCUCCAGGUUCACAUGAACCCUCAAUGUUCUACCCACCCCACGCUAAUUUCCGCCCAGGUCAAGCACCAUAUCCUAGUCUCUAUCAGCUUCUGCCAGGGAGAUACCCAGGCCAGUAUCCCAGCUACCCAUUAGGCCCAGGCAGUCACCCUGGAUAUGACCCUGAGCUGACCCCGGUUCUGACUAGCCCGCCUCAGACCCCCUCUCCACCCUCCCAGGAAGCCACGCCCUCUUCUCCACCGUACCACCCCUCUCACAUCCGGCCAGGUCCAGCAGCUCGUCCCGGGCUUUAUCAGCCUGAACCAGAGGGACACCCAGGCCGGUAUGUCAUCUCCCCGAUAGGGCCGGGCCAUCACCCCUAUAGACCUGGAAACGACCCGGACACGCCCACUCAAGGUCCUACCCCAGUUCAGGCUAGCCCCCCCCAGCCACUCCCUCCAGGUUCAUGGGACCCUGCGUUGUCCGUGUUCUACCCGCCCCCCCCUCACUUCCACCCAGGUCGAGUUCCGUACCCUGGUCUCUAUCAACCUCACCCGGAGAGACCCCCGGGCCAGUAUCCCGUCCACCCCGUGGGGUCCGGGCGUCCCCCCUACGGCCCUGGAGACUUCGCUGGGCCUCCUUCGCCGGAGCCAAUCCCGGCUCUGGCUAGCCCUCAGACGCCCUUGUCAGACACACAGCGGUCCGCCCUUCCUCCGGUUCCACAGCACGCCUUGUUGUCCACGUUCCACCCAUACCAAGCUCCUUACCCAGGUCACUAUCAACCUCUGCCAGGGGGAUAUCCCGGCCAGCAUCCCAUCUAUCCGAUAGGACUGGGCCAUCACCCCGAUAGCUCUGGAAACGACCCUGACCCGGUUUCGACUAGCCCGCCCCAGUCGCCCUCUCCGCCCUCCCAGGAAGCCACGCCCUCUUCUCCACCGUACCACCCCCCUCGCAUCCAGCCAGGUCCAGCAGCUCGUCCCGGGCUUUAUCAGCCUGAACCAGAGGGACACCCAGGCCGGUAUGUCAUCUACCCGAUAGGGCCGGGCCAUCGCCCCUAUAGACCUGGAAACGACCCGGAGACACUCCAGCAAGGGGCAACCCCAGUUCUGACCGGACCUCUCCCGACUCUUCCCCCUGUCCCGCAGCCAUCGAGGCUCCCUCCAGGUCCCCAGGACUCUACGAUGCCCCCGGUCUACCCACCGUACCACCCCCCCCAGCAGGUCACCUGCCCUCCAUAUGCACAAACCUUCUGUGGCUCCUACUCAUACUCUGUGCCAGGUUCCCACUACCAACCGCAAGACCCGAUUCCCUUCAUUUUGACUCCCAGCCCCCCUCUGGACCUGACUCCAGGCCUCCCCAACCCCCGUACCGCUUUGCCCGUUACUUCUGAAACACCCGAGGCCUCCUUUCUAAGCCCUUCUCCUGUCCCCACGCCUCCACCUCGGCGCUCCCUCUCCCCUGAGCUCGGGUCCGAGCCCUCCCUCCACUGUCUAGCUGGACAUAUGAUGGUGUCGCUGCCCUCCGCUCUCCCGGACUCCAUCCAGGUCAAAGAUCAGAGUAAGGGGUGGGUGUCGGUCUCCAGUGCCCCGGAGGCUUGCCAAUACAUCCUUCAGAUGAGGAAGGGCGGUGGGGUGAUCCUGUACUCCCCUCUCCCUGCCUGCCAUACUCAGCCUAUGGCGCUCGACCCGGACCGCCUCUCCUUCCCCCUGAGGCUUUGGGACACGGCCCUGCGGCAGUACAGCACUGUGGAGCUCCGUUGCCCGUCCAGCCAGUCCACCGUGACCCCAUCUCCCGGCACCCCCACCCAUUCAGACCAGGGCCAGACCCAGUCCCCCUCUCCCUCCCUGUCUCAGGUCUUCUGCUCUGCUCGUCACAUGAGUGUGGACCUGCCUCCGGGUCCUGUAUCUGGAAUUGUUGUCAGGGACAUAAAAGGGAAUGAGAGAAACCUGAAUGAUGCCCCAAAGCAUUGUGGGUAUGUGGCAAGCAAGGGAAAGGAUGGCAAGAUCACCUUGAACCUCCCCUUCAAAUCUUGUCACAUGGCUGUUCAGGGUGGAAUGCACCGCAUCGACGUGAUUCAUACAACGCCGCAUGGUCAAACGAGAGAGGUCCAUUUGUCCUGCCCAGUUUCCAUGGCAGCUUCUAACGAAGACUGUGACCUUCCCCAUGAGCAGCACCUCCCCUGUGGCCCUGACCCUCCAUCCCGGGAAGUGUGUCUCUCCCUGGGCUGCUGCUACAGCGACGAGCCCUCCUCCUGCUACUACCCCAUGGAUGAAUGCACAACAGACCGCCACUUUGUCUUCAUGGUGCCUGCCUCCAUCACAGACCCCCCACUGUCUCCCGGCCUGCUCGCUAGCACGGGCGACCCCACCUGCGCCCCUCAGAGGGUGACCCCAGACUACGCCUUGUUCAAGAUGCCGUUGGAAGGUUGUGGCGCUCACAAAUAUGAGGUUGGCCAGUCGGUCAUCUACAUGGUGGAAAUCAUCAAGGGAAUCCAGGCCGUCAGCCUCAACUAUGGAACCAUAACCAGAGACUCUCCUCUCAGGCUGCUGGUUGAGUGCAGGUACACCCCAAGCUCCAUGGCAAGUGUGGGCUACAUGGUGAAGAGCCCCUCUUUGGGCCCCUCCAUUCAGGCCCACGGGGUGUUUGGAGUCCAGCUCAGGAUUGCCAAAGACAUGGACUACAGCAGCUACUACCCCCAGUACCAUCGGCCCCUGCAGAUGCUACUGGGCAAACCGUUGUACCUGGAAGUGCGUCUGCUCAACCCCCCGGAUGAGAGCGUUGUGCUGCUGGUACACUAUUGUGUGGCCUACCCCCGCUCUGGACAGGCCGCCUGGGUCCUCCUCUACAACGGGUGCCCCAACCCCCUGGACCCGGUCCCACAGAUCCCUUUUACGACUCUUCCGGCCUUGAACCUAUCCCAGGGCCAGACUCGCCGGUUCACCAUCUCCACCUUCCAGUUCCUCCCCUCAGAACAGGCACAGGUGGAUGACAAUGAAGAAAUCUACUUCAUGUGUUCUACCGAAGUGUGUUCUCCUCAGGACGGCCCGUGUUCAGAGGGAUGCCUGGGCCAGGAAUGGGAUGACCGAAGACUGAGAACGGAAGACCGAUAGCUGGCGAGAUGUUCGCCUUCUGCCAGUGGAACAGAGAUUGAACUUGCACAUGCACGGCCAUUGUAACUUUUCUCUUUUCCUCCCCCUCUUGUUUUUAUCUCAAGGCCCACGACUGCACUCGUUCACCACUAAUAAAAACCCUUAA